AUGGCCGAAAUGAUUGCCAAAAAGAACGAGCCAAACCAAACCCUCUCCGACGCCUACGACCAAUGGUCCCAAGGUGGAUGGGGCAGCAUCCUCACGGGAAAUGUCCAAGUCGACGUCAACCACCUAGGAAGCCCCUUUGACCCCGCUCUCCAUGCCGAAUACAAAGGCGAGUCGAGCCUAAUCGACAAAUGGAAACCAUACGCCGACGCAUGCCAAAAGCACGGCACCCCGGCCAUCGUCCAGAUCUGCCACCCUGGCCGCCAGUCCUUCCGCGUCGCAGGUUACCGCGGUAUCUGGGCGAGUACCAUUGCGCCUAGCGCUGUGCCGAUUGAUCUAGGCAGUGGCCUAUUAGAAAGGAUUAUUGCGGCUGUGGCGUGGACGGCGCCGAGGGAGAUGACCCGUGCCGAGGUGGAGAGGGUUAUCGGGCAAUUUGUUGAUACUGCGAGACUUAUGGCCGAUGCAGGGUUUUCGGGGGUUGAGCUACAUGGUGCGCAUGGGUAUUUGGUUGAUCAGUUCCUGAGCGGAAAGACAAACCUCCGCACAGACGAAUACGGCGGCACCCCCGAAAAACGCGCGCGCUUCAUCCUCGAAAUCAUCUCCCAAACCCGCAAAGUAGUCCCAAGCACCUUCUGCAUCGGCAUAAAACUAAACUCCGCCGACCACAGCUCCGCAACCUUCGAAGAAACAAUGACUCAGAUCAACCUGCUCGUCGAAGCCGGCAUCGACUUCAUGGAGAUCAGCGGCGGCACGUACGAGAAUCCCAAGAUGAUGGCUCAUUCUAGCGAGUCAAACUCAACACCAGCACCAGCCGAAUCUGGCUCUCCCCGCACGGCUGCACGGGAGGCAUUCUUCCUUGAAUUCGCCAAGGAAGUGCGCAUGCGGCACCCUGGUUUGGUGUUGAUGCUGACUGGCGGGUUCCGGAGUCGGGCGGGUGCCGAGGCGGCGAUUCGGGAUGGGGCGUGUGAUCUUGUGGGUAUCGGGCGGCCUGCUGCUAUUGACCCUAAGUUUCCUUUGUUGUUGCUUGAUGAGAGUGUUGAGGACGAGAUGGCUAGGUUGCCUUUGAAUAAGGUGCCGACGCCAUUCUAUGCGCGGUGGUUACCGAGGAAUUUGAUUGGGGCUGGAGCUGAGAGUGUCUAUUACUCUAAACAGAUCCAGCGGUUGGCGAGCGGGUUGGCUACUUUUGCACCGGCCAUGUAA